GCGAGUCAACUUUCCCCCCAAGGUUUCCUUGGAAUGGUAGCAGCAAACGAGCGCCGCUCCUUUUAUGAACAUGCAGAGAACUUCAGGCGGGCUUUAUAAUCGGAUCUAUUUAGGGAACCUUGUGAGGAGAGCUUGAUUUUUUACUUUUGCACAGGAUAGGAAAAACGAAAAGUGCGUUAAAGCCGCGCGAGUGUGUUUAUGUAGACAUGGCAGGGCUGUGCACAUCCGGGCCACAGUACCGAGACUCCAUUAUUUUCUGUUCACUGUGAAACUGGACCGAAAAAGCAACUCUAUAAAACGCUCGGCUCGUUUUUCUGACCUCGUUAUCCUGGAUAAAGGAAAAAGGACAUGUCUAAUCAAGGGGUUAGAAGAAAUGGACCCGUGAAAUUGCGUUUAACAGUGCUUUGCGCAAAAAACCUGGUGAAGAAAGACUUCUUCCGACUCCCAGACCCUUUCGCUAAGGUGGUGGUUGACGGUUCAGGACAAUGCCACUCAACAGACACAGUGAGAAACACUCUGGACCCCAAAUGGAACCAACACUACGACUUGUAUAUUGGGAAGUCGGACUCCAUCACAAUCAGCGUUUGGAACCAUAAGAAAAUCCAUAAGAAACAGGGGGCGGGAUUUCUUGGCUGCGUACGACUCCUCUCCAACUCUAUUAACCGACUCAAAGACACAGGCUAUCAGCGUUUGGACCUCAACAAGUUGGGACCAAACGACAGUGACACAGUGAGGGGACAGAUAGUAGUAAGUCUUCAGUCCAGGGACAGAAUAAGCAGUGGAGGGCCAGUCGUAGACUGCAGUCGUCUGUUCGACAAUGAUUUGCCUGACGGCUGGGAAGAGAGAAGAACUGCGUCUGGCCGGAUCCAGUAUCUGAAUCAUAUCACACGCAGCACUCAGUGGGAGAGACCUACAAGGCCUGCUUCAGAGUACUCGAGCCCUGGCCGGCCCCUCAGCUGCCUGGUGGAUGAGAACACGCCCAUAAUGACGCCCAACGGGGCGGCGGGUGUACCUGCAGAUGACCCGCGCGUGCAAGAGCGGAGGGUUCGCUCUCAGAGACACAGAAAUUACAUGAGCAGAACUCACCUACACACACCACCGGACCUGCCCGAAGGAUACGAGCAACGGACCACGCAGCAGGGACAGGUCUACUUCCUCCACACGCAGACGGGCGUCAGUACAUGGCAUGACCCCAGAGUGCCCAGGGAUCUUAGUAACGUGAAUUGUGAGGAGUUGGGUCCGUUGCCUCCAGGCUGGGAGAUUAGGAACACGGCCACUGGACGGGUUUACUUUGUGGACCACAACAACCGAACCACUCAGUUCACAGAUCCACGUCUCUCUGCUAACCUGCACCUCGUCCUAAAUCCCAGUCCAAAUGGUUCCCGUAGUGCCGUUGAGGCUCAGACCAGAUCAAAGGACAUGUCCCACAUUCCGUCUUCCCACUUCAAGUUUUUCUUGCAGUUACAAGAAAAUUCAGAGAGUCGUCCCGUGCAGCUGAAGGAGCAGCCUCAGACUGUCAUGUCUCCUGCUAAUCUCCCAGAGGACCCAGAAUGUCUCACGGUGCCCAAGUACAAGCGAGAUCUAGUGCAGAAACUGAAGAUCUUGAGACAGGAGCUGUCCCAGCAGCAACCUCAGGCAGGACACUGCCGUAUUGAGGUCUCCCGUGAGGAGAUCUUUGAGGAAUCGUACCGGCAGGUGAUGAAGAUGAGGCCGAAGGACCUGUGGAAGAGGUUAAUGGUGAAGUUUAGAGGAGAGGAGGGUCUUGACUAUGGAGGGGUUGCUAGAGAGUGGCUAUACUUGCUUUCGCAUGAGAUGUUGAAUCCAUACUAUGGGCUCUUCCAGUAUUCACGAGAUGACAUCUACACCCUACAGAUCAACCCUGACUCUGCCGUUAAUCCGGAGCACUUGUCCUAUUUCCACUUUGUGGGGAGGAUCAUGGGAAUGGCGGUUUUCCACGGCCACUAUAUAGACGGCGGCUUUACUCUACCCUUCUAUAAGCAGCUGCUGGGGAAACCCAUCACUCUUGAUGACAUGGAGUCAGUGGAUCCGGAUCUCCAUAACAGCCUCGUCUGGAUUCUUGAAAAUGACAUCACUGGGGUGUUGGACCACACGUUUUGUGUAGAACACAAUGCAUAUGGAGAGAUCAUUCAGCAUGAAUUAAAACCCAAUGGCAAGAGCAUCCCUGUCACCCAGGAUACCAAGAAAGAAUAUGUCAGGCUGUAUGUGAACUGGCGUUUCUUGAGGGGUAUCGAGGCUCAGUUUCUGGCCCUGCAGAAAGGAUUCAAUGAGGUCAUCCCACAACAUCUUCUCAAGUCAUUUGAUGAGAAAGAGUUGGAGCUUAUUGUGUGCGGCCUUGGUAAAAUCGACAUCAACGACUGGAAAUCAAACACUCGUCUGAAGCACUGCACGUCUGACAGUAACAGCGUAAAGUGGUUCUGGCAGGCCGUUGAGUCGUACGAUGAGGAGCGGAGAGCCAGGCUGCUGCAGUUUGUCACCGGCUCCUCACGAGUCCCACUGCAAGGAUUCAAAGCCCUGCAAGGGGCUGCCGGACCACGUCUCUUCACCAUCCACCAGAUUGACGCCAGUACCAACAACCUGCCCAAAGCGCACACUUGCUUCAACCGGAUCGACAUUCCUCCAUACGAGAGCUACGAUAAACUCUACGACAAACUGCUGACGGCCAUCGAGGAGACCUGCGGCUUUGCUGUGGAGUGAUUGCCUGUCGCUAGCGGCCGCAGAGGAACCUUUCUCCAGGUGGAUCAGUCCUGUCACACAGCCGACCAAACUGCUGGCCUUACAUUUUCCCCUUGCGGAAGAAGAGACUUAGACGGAACGGCUGAGGAUGGGUGGAUUAAGCCGCAGCACUCGACGCCGAAUGCUGCUAUAUGGAAUUUUCUGCAUUAUUUGAAAAGAAGACAAAAAACAACGUAUCUUUUCAGCUGCUAGUAACUCUUUGACUUUUUACUUACUAUUUUUUGGAACCUUCUCUUUUUUUUCUCUCCUUUUGUUUUUAGCAUUAAGACAAACAAUAUUUACCGUAUUUCAUGUAGCAUUUGUACCAACUAGACUCUUGCAGAGGCUGAACUUUAGCGGGGAACAAACAAAGAGCGCUCCAGCAUAAGCUAACAUAAACGCACUACUGUCCUCACCGAAGACAAGACCAGAGAGGAAGAUGCCAAUGUCAACAAAGGACUGCACAAAUGUGCGUUUGUUUGACUUUGGGACAUCCGCAAAACUUUUCUUGUUGUACAGGGUGUUGAUUCUUGCUACUUGGACUUCCGCGAUCUGUGUAAAGAAUUUCCUUGCAAUCAGGGAAUGCCAUUAAAGGCCCUGCUGGUCUCUUUUGGACUGCCCUACACUAGAUAGUAUCUAACUACCUUUGCAACAUUCCCCAAGACUGGUGACAUCAGCAGUCGGACUCAUAAGCUUGUUUAAAGUGAACGAAUGAAUAAACAAACUCUUAGGUAGGUAGGUAGUCUAGCUUUAUUUUUAUAUGGUGUAAGAGGAUGGGGUUAAAAGAAUAAAAAUAUACAGAUAUAAUAUAUUGGCAUUGUCACAAAAAACAUUGCCGAUGUUUCCAGUGCAAAAAAUGAAGUUUAAAAAAAGGAUGUAUGCAUCAAAAAAAUACAGUAUCUAAGGCUUCAGUUGGAUUGACAUUUGCUUAGAUUUCAUUUUAUUUUUUUGUCUUUGGUGGGUUUUUUAGGAAUGAAGAAAAAAAUUAUUCAGAAAACAUUUGAAUAUGUUGUUCUAUUGGUGUCAACUUUUUUAAUAAUGGAAUUCUGAUUUUCUUCCGAUGUCAAUUUGAACCCUUUAAGAUAUAUAUAUAUAUUUGAGCAUGUUAAUGAGAUGUGAAGUGUCUUCCAUUUCAUUCCCUCUCAUUAUAAUGUUACCAUUUAAUUAUUUAAAGAGUCAUAAAAGAAGAAAUUAAAUUGUUUACUCCUCAUGGAAAUCAAGAGAGAGUAGUGAUCCUUUCACUAGUUAUUUUUGUAAUUUAUUAUUAAGUCAUUAUAAUACCAAUUUACUGAACUUUUUAUCAUGCAAAAAAUGUCACUGGCCUUCAGUGAGCUUUACAAAUGAAAUGCAGGAGGAUAGCUGUACUGAAGAAGAAAAAAUACAUCUAUAUUUUAUAAUUCAGUAAUUGGCUUUUGGUGUAAAAAUAUUAGUAAUAAAGAACAAGCAUGUUUAAUGUGCUUUUUGUAGUCCUCAAUGCACAGCUUGAAACAUUGAGAAACCGUUUCCUUCAGGAUUAAUAAAAUAAACUGCAUAAAUAGACUAAUGCAUAUAUAUAUAUAUAUAUAUAUAUAUAUAUAUAUAUAUAUAUAUAUAUAU